UGAUGGGACAGCUGGUGACAAUGACGUCACGCGUGUAAACGGCUGGAGUCCAUUACUAGCUGCAGACUUUCAGACCUGACGACUAUCCGUCUCUUCAAAAGAUGGCGUUUGUUAAAAGCGGAUGGCUUCACCGCCAGAGCACUAUCUUGCGUCGUUGGAAGAAAAACUGGUUUGACCUUUGGUCAGAUGGGCGCCUCAUUUUCUAUGAUGACCAGCAACGGCGUGACAUGGAGGAUGAGAUACAUAUGAGGGUGGACUGCAUCAACAUUCGAAAUGCUAAUGCAUGUCGUGAUCUAACACCUCCUGAAGGGAAAGGCAGAGAAGCUCUUCUUCAGAUUGUUUGUCGUGAUGGCCGUGUUAUCAGCCUCUGUGCAGACAGUGCGGAUGAUGCCCUGGCCUGGACAGUGGCACUUCAGGAUGCUAGAAUCAACACAGUAGUGGCACCUCCUCAGUUUGGUUUUAACCAGGAAGUCAUUGCCUCUGCACCUCCUUCUUAUGCAGAACUAAACCCAACUCCUCAGGUGUACUAUCCGGACCAGUAUGGAGGCUAUGUCCCUUAUCCUCCUCCCCCCUAUGCCCCAAAUGCUGUGUACUCUGCAGUUGGGCAACACUAUGCCUUUGCCUCCCCCUAUCAAAACCCAGGAAUGUACCCUGCACAUGAACUCAACAAUGUGAUCAUUGAAGAGCGUCGACGUGAUGACACAGGUGUUGUUGUUGGCAUGCUCACUGGUGCUGCCACAGGACUGGCUAUUGGUUCCCUAUUUUCUGUAUUUUAAUAUACAUUAUUCUGUCCCUUUAAAUCCGAACAUGAGAUGGACUAGUAUUGUGCUACUGCUUAUCUUUGCUGCAACACCAUGCUAUAUGUAAAACUUAGAUCUAAUAGAUGUGAACAGCCUGACAGAUCACAAGCGCUUUCCCCAACAGAGCUAAUUUGGCGGUAUGAACCAAAGCCUUAUGGUAGCAUUUGUAGCUUGAUUUACGAGACUAGGUUUCACAUUAUUGUGAAAUGAGUCAGUAUUAAACAUGUCAGGGUGGUUGCCCCUGGAUAUUGGGUCACCUGCUUGGACUACAUAUGUAGGCUAAACACAGUGUAAUGAAGUAUGGCUGGUGAUUUCUUUUUUUAAUGUCUUGAAUUAAUUGGCACUGUAUUAUUAUUAUUAUUAUUUUUCUCCCUGACUCAUUGAGAUGCUUUUAAGCAGACCUUGGGAGUUGAGCAAACUGGACCAACAUGAGAUCACAUUAACUCAAAACUUAAGACUAAAUGUAGGUUUGCCAUGCAUAAUUUGAUGAUUCCUGAAAAUAAUGACUUAUCACUUGGUGAAAAAUUAUAUGAAUAGUGCAAUAAUUAAUGCAUUUUGCAAAGCUUUAAAUUUUAUCACUGGUUAACGAUCACUUACCUGGGAUGCUAUAAGACAUGCCGAUACUUCCGCUGUGGCCUUGCAAGGAGACCUUGAAAUAAUCAGAACAUAUUCUAUAUAUAAUAUUCAACAGUAAGUUCAAACAAAGUAAUUUGAUUAUACAAGAGGCAUUCCAUGAGUGCUGAUGUGGAGAACAGCAGCACUGGGACUACUGUACAUGUAUGUAUCACUUCGCUUCACAGGUUUCUAAUAAUUGUUAAUUACAUUAACUGUCAGUCACCAGCUUAACAACAUUGUAACCAACUCCUCCUGAAAAGAUGGAUAUUGUGGCACUAUUUGUGUUGACGGAGUAAAAUAACUAAUUAUAUAAACAAACAAAUUAUAAUCUGUUGAUAAUAAAUAAUGUUUGUUGAUCUUUUGUAUAAAAGCAAUAUUACACUUGAGGUUGUGCUGUUGUAUUAUAUAAAAGCACGUUAGUGCUAGCUAUGGCCACAUCACAGCUAUGCUGAUAUUCAGUACAACAGCAUUCCUCAUUUGAUAUUGGUUAAAUAUAUAUUCUUUCCUUGCUUACAAGUACCUUAACCAGUUUUAACAGUGAGGUAAAAUUCUAUAGCCAUGACCCAGUAUAUCCUGCUAAAAUAGAUUAGCAUAAAAAAUACAGAUCAAUAUAGGGAGUCGUCAGUUAGUGCAGAUAAUGUCACUGAUUUGUUGCUUCAGUUAAGUACUUGCUAUACUCCAAAUCAUAAUUACAUAGCUGCAUUUAAGAUGCAUUUUGUUGUUCUUUCUGCACCUAAAGAUCGAACUUAUAAACACUGCCAGAAAAUACAUCAAUGACCAACAUUACAGCUUGAAUUUUGAUUUAAAGAUCAGCUCAGUUUAAGCUAAUUCCAAUGAGCAAAAGUGCUGUUAAAUGUAUAUUAUUAUAUCACAGAGAUGCACUCCAGGUUUGCACUGAAGAGAGCUUCAUCUUCUGGCUUUGGGUUUACUCUUCUUUUAUGUAAACAUUGUUAAACCCUCAUUUAUGCUACAAUUCCAAAGUGUUUAUUCUGAAGAACUUGAAAAGCCGCUUUAAUAAUAUAUUUAUUUCUUUUUUAGGGGUGAAAAAGCUUCUCUCCAGAGUGUUAUUUAUUUGGGUUUGCGUUGCAAAAAUUUACUUAAUGCCUUGUUGAGGUCUUUGUUUUCUACACUGCUUUUUUUCUUAUUAUUUUUUUGUUUUCACCCAAUAACAAAAAAUGGUGAAAAAAUGCUUUUUAAAUAACAUUUAAUGGAAUCUGACCUCCCCCAUAUAAUAAGGAUACACAUGGUGUACACGGGUGUACACAAGGCAUUGAAGUUUCAUCCUUUCUUCUGGUCAUUUAUUUUCAUUAGGCUAUCUUAAUUAUGGUCUAUGUUAGACCAUAUUAGUUAGUGGUUACUUGUCUCUUUACUUGAACAUUACACAUUAAAUGAAAAAAGUGUUAAAUUGUAUUUUACCUGGUCAUUAGUAUGUUUAAUAAAAUUCCCUUCCUAUUAUUUUAUUACCAUCAUUCAUCACAUUUUAUCAACUUUUGAAUGUUAGAUAUUGGUGUUUGUGAACCAAUAAACAAAAUCAGUUUAAUAAAUACUUUCUGAAGAUGCUUUGUUUAUAGUUGUAUUUAACUUUUACUUUAUCACUGUUUGUCCAGUAGUCCUUUAUAUAUACUAUUUGUUGCUUAACUAAUUUGCAUUUUCAUGUUAUACUAUUGUGAAGUUAAUUAAAGUGACUUAACUAAAA